UGCACCAGCCGGCAUCGGCGGCAGGCCAGGCGUAACGGCCGCAUGGCUUGCUGACGGCGCGCGCGAAGCGCCGAGAGCCCGCCAAACAGGUUGGCAGCCAUGGCGGACGAGCAGGAGACUGGUUUUUCGGGUUUAGCCGGUAGCCCUGAACCGACGAGCGAGGACCGGGUCGGCCCGCCAGCACCACCGACACCGUCAGCCGCCGCUCGCGGGGCCCACAGUGGCGCCCCAGCGGAGGGUGGCGCAGGAGGAGGAGGAGGUGGCGGAGCCUCGCACGCCUUGGUCGUGCUGCCCGGUGCCUCGGUGCCCACGCUAGCGGCGCUACAGCCACCCGAGCCCACCGGCGAACUAGCGGCCCACGAGACGCAAGAGGCGUCCUCGUCGGUGGUGGGCGGAAACGGAAUCGAGGCUGUCGCGGCGGCGGCAGGCAUCGUCACCGGCGCGGCGGGCACUGUGGUUGGCGUCACCGGCGACGUCGACGACGACGAAGCGUGCGUCAAGAACGUGGCCCUGGUGCUGGUCGAGGGACCCGACCAGCAGCAGCAGCUGGCUGCGCUCGUGCUACCUGACGCCGCGCAGCGCAUGUCGGGCUCGGGACCCACCAUGGUCCUGCAGGACGGUGAAGCUGUGGCAGCGGCUGCGGCCAACGGCCAGGCGGGAGGCGUGACGGCGGCGGCCGCGUGGCGGGCCUACUACGACCACCCGCUCACGGCGGCCACCACGGCCAUGCUCAACAUCUCCGAGGAGCAGGCGCUCAUGUACGAGUACGCCGGGGCGCUCAAGCAGCAACACCAGCAGCUGCAGGCGGCCGUCACGCUGCCGGAGAUAUGGACGCACGCCGUGACCGUCCCGGCCACGUCCUCCUCUUCGCCACCCACGACGGUGGUCAAGAGCGGCCACGUGUCGCCGGCCACGGUGCAGGCGGCGGCGGCCGCCAUCGCGGCCCGCCAGGAGGACCUCUUCCUGCCCAAGGCCGAAGUACCGGACGCCGGCGGCGGGGGUCCGGGCUCCGCAGGGGACCCCCUCGUCGACGCGGCCCUGAGCGGGGAGCCCAAGGCCGAGGAGGUCUCCGCCACGGUGAUCACCAUCAAGCAGGAGGCCAUCGAGGGCACCAAGUCGGACGACAUGCUCGAGCCCAAGAGCCCGUACUCGCCCGUGUUCGCCACCGUGCAGCCGGCGCAGCCGUACGGCGGUGACCUGUUCAGCGUGCUCACCACGAGCACGUUUGCGGGAGGCAGCAGCCCGCCCAGGCCCGUCUACUCGGCCGCCACGGAGUACUACAGGCCCAGCACGGUGGACUAUUACGCGACGGCGACGACCACGGGCACCGACCAAUACCAGCAGGCAGUGCGGCAGCAACAUCUAGUGGCCGCCGCCGUGGCAGCUGGCGGUGCAGGGGGCGCCGCGGGCACGUACGCUGAACCCGAGCCGGGGUUCGUGGACCGCUACAUCCGCCAGAAUGGCUCGGCGGUUGUCAACGGUUACAAGAGCGGCAUGCUCACCGUCGACCUGCCUUCUCCGGACUCGGGGAUCGGCGAGGCGACAAUGACGCCCAGGGAGUCGGCAGGCCUACAACAGAUGUUCGACUAUGAUAUAACGCAACCGCAAAUCCUUGCUUCCCCCGAGCAAACCAACGGCACGACAAGCAGUGGGAGUCGGCCAGGCAGCUCACAGUCCAUGCGGCGAUCAUGGCAUGAUUUCAGCCGGGCAUCCGACGCUGACAAGAUUCAAAUACCAAAAAUCCAAUCAGAAGUAGGGUUCAAGUAUUACCUGGAGUCUCCCAUCUCGACAAGUCAGAGGAGAGAAGAUGACAGGAUCACGUACAUAAAUAAGGCAGGUCAGUUCUACGGUAUUACCCUCGAGUAUGUCCAUGACCCGGAGAAGCCUCUUCGAAAUACCCCAGUCAAAAGCCUCAUCAUGCUUGUGUUCCGUGAAGAGAAAUCUCCUGAAGAUGAAAUCAAAGCGUGGCAGUUCUGGCACAGCCGGCAACACAGUGUCAAACAGCGAAUCCUCGACGCCGACACAAAGAACAGCAUGGGCAUUAUUGGCCAGAUUGAAGAGGUCACUCACAACGCCAUCGCAUUCUACUGGAACCCCCUCGAAACUCCCGCCAAGGUGAACGUGGCCGUGCAGUGUCUCAGCACAGACUUCAGUAACCAAAAGGGUGUCAAGGGUCUGCCUCUGCACCUGCAAAUCGACACCUACGAUGAAUACAGGGAAAGCUGCACCCCAGUCCACCGAGGCUACUGCCAAAUCAAAGUCUUCUGCGACAAGGGCGCUGAACGAAAGACCCGUGACGAGGAACGGAGAGCGGCCAAGCGAAAACUCACCGCUACAGGCAAUGGGCGCAAGAAGAUUGAGGAGAUGUACCACCAGUCCUGUGAUAGGUCCGAAUUCUACUCCAUGAGUGAUCUCAUCAAACCUCCAGUGUUGUUCACACCAAGCGAGGACACAGACAAGGUAUCCGGAAUGGAACUCAGUUUCUACACAAGCCAAGUGAUCGUGCCGGACGAUCAAACCUCUGCUGAAAAGAUAAAGCUACCCCCUGAUGAGCUCCCAGCUGCUGCUGUGGCCGCUGCUGACUGGCCUGGAAUUUUUGGGCAGGCCAGGCUCGAAAGGAGGGAUAAACUCGAAACAUGUGCCAACACUGACUCGGCCAUCAUCACUCCGCCACUUAAGAAGCUGAAGGUGUUUCCAAGUGAUCGAGUGCUUCUGUAUGCCCGCCGGGAGAAGGAGGAGUACUUCCACCCUCUUCACCUGGUGCCACCUUCGCUGGCUGGUCUAGCGAAAGCGAUUGAGAGCAAGUACAAAGUAGAUGCGUCAAGUAUAAAGAACAUAUUUAAGAGAUGCAAGAAAGGGGUGACUGUAAGAAUGGAUGACGACGUGGUCAAGCACUACUGCAACGAGGACACCUUCAUCAUCGAGCUGGAGCCUGUCGGGGAAGACUCCAUCGACGUGACGCUGGUGGAACUGUGAGCACAGCAGUGCCUGCCCUGCCGCAACUGCCGCUGUACAUAGCCGAGCCACUCCACUGUGUUGUACCAUAUUUCGUUUGGGCCGAGCUGUCGACCACAUGCCAAGAGCGAGGCGACGUGCAUACGACCCCGGUUGUGUGCUGGGUCGGUGUACUCGCUUUCCGAACGGGCCCCUAGGGGACGUUCGCAGCAACCCAACACCCGUCUGCCGAGCCGCAUUCUGUGGCGCACGCACUGCUUUCUAAGGCGAUUCUGCGUUGCUCUGAGCUCUCGACUGAACUUCCGGAGCUGAAUUGUGCAACUCAAGUCGGCCCGCUCUCGCUCCACGACAAUUGUCUCCCAUAUUUUGGUAGAGGGCUGCCUAUUCUCUCUACCCUGCAUGCUUUUCCACGGUUGUGAGGAAUGAACCUUUCUUCUGUCGCGAGGAAAAAAACAACUGAACGAUGGCUCAAGCCUGAUUCCAGGUGUGGACGUGAGGCAAACAUUCAUGUUUCUUUUUCAUUUUGGAAACCUCUUUUCUUGGUUUUUAUCAUCAUCAGGGUUGAGUUGUAUACACCAAACUUAUCUUUUAUGUUCUGUGACCCACCUGUUGGCAAGCAUGGCAUUUUACAAUGGAAUUCAGUGAAACGUGCACGUUGCAAGCGUUUAACAUUAAUUUAUAUACCAAUUCUUAAAGCAACAGAACUAUUUUUUAUCCUGUCAGACGAUCUGUAAGGAAAAAAAAAAGAAAUCUGUCAUAAACCAUGCAUGUCUGUCCAGGAGUUGUAAAUAUUUUAGAAUGAAUGCUUGUGCACUGCUGUGUGACAGGCGCUCCGUGUCCUUCUUGGUUCUCGCCAUGGCUUGCCGAAAACGGCACUGACUUUACUCGGCGCGCAAAUGACUAAACUCGUUUCAAAUGUGGGAAGAUGCCCGGACGGUGCAGGCAAGUACUAUUGAAGUACGCAGGAUGAUGAAGCACAGUGCCAACAGUUUCAAUAUGAAAUUUUUAAGGGACACUAAAGAUAGGGCUCGUUGAUAAUUCUUGGGAGAUUAAUGAACAGGCAAAUGUUACCAUGAGCAGGAGCUUGGCAUGACAUAAAAGGACAUGACCAAAGAUUGGUGGCAGGGCCGCCGUUCUUACAUUUCUGCAAAUUCGGGCAUCGUGCCCAAACGGAUGGGCCUGAUUCUACCCAUCUGCCCAAAGCUAGUGAAUUGGAAUAAUGACACAUUAAGAAAUGAACAAAGAUGAAGGCACCUCCAUGCAUAUAGAGACAACAAAUACGAGAAAACGCUGUGAAAUCUGUGACGCCCCCAUGGUGUCAUAGACUCUGUUGUUCGUGCAAGAAAUUCAAGAUGAGAAACGUCUUUGGUUUUGUUUUCCCUAAUAGGAAGUCCUUCCUGUGCAAAAGAAACGCCGCACAAACUUUGAAAGCGUAGAAUACUAGUUUAGCAUCUGUUCAAUGUCCCUUCAACAAUGGCACUCAAGAAAUUCAGUCAGCAAUGUCACAUAGUCUCCUGCAUGCAGCCCUGGGGGUCCAGACACAAUCAUUCCAGCCAAAUGCAAUUAUGUUUGCAUGAAGCCUUUUUUUUUUUGUCUUGUGCACUUGCCCCAUUAGUGAGCUCCGAGAGUGAAUUCCAUGACCUGCAAGCCAGAAUACUCCUUAAGUUAUUGCUUCUUGAUUGCAUCUUUUAUAUUUCCUUUGAGGGGCCUGCAGCGUUGCCUUCUGCUUCGAGCUCUCUUCAACUCUGCCCAUAUCUUGCUGCUUAUGACGAAGCACUGACUGACAGCCACAAACUUGUUGCCUGUGCUUGACAAAACACAUUUGCCCUCUGAGCUACAUCACUCACUCAGUGGCGGCGAGGGUUGUCAAGGUUGCAGAGAUGAACUGCCACUGUGUGUUUUUUUUUCAUUCGUGCGAAUGUGCCAAGAUUUCACAAUUGGGGAUGCCUAUGGGAAUGUCGGGAUGUGUAAAUGGUGCCUAAAAACUGCGAGGAUCAAAGAGGCAGGUACAAAGGCACCUCGGCUUUGAUACACUUAAGAGCCCGCACUAAACUUGCCAACAUGGGAGGGUAGGAUGAAUUCCGCUGCUGAAUUUGGAGCACUUCCUAUGAUUUCUACUGGUUGAUAUGGAAAGAGCCUUUCCACUGACCGUCUUGGACCAAUUUGCUUUGCAGUGGAUUGCGCUUGCCUCAUGCCCAAGGCACAGGUUUACCAAGAACGUCUAUGGCGUUUCAUGCCCUUAGUUGGCUGUAUACAGAAACCUGCACUCUAAUGCAGCACAGAUCAUUGCCUUUUCCUGUGGCAGGUUUGGACUUUCGGAAUCCAACGAUCGAGGUUCUUCUUCCGAACCGAUGGGUGGAAAUUUACCAUGAAAGACCAUUUACACAGCUCACUGCGAAGGCUGCAAAGCCGACAAAAUUUGCUUGCAGUCCUUCAGGGAGUCAACCAGCACGCACGCUCCUUUCGGAAUUCCGCUGUCGUAAAGCAAAUGACUCGAUCAUUUAUUUAUCCUGACCGUCGGCACAUCGUCAGACUGUGUUCACUCCCUUUCCUCUUGACAAAGGACUGAACUUAAAUGAUUAGGAAGCAUCAAAACAAAAGAAGCAUCAGCAUUUGCUGCAGUUCAUACACGUACCCAAACACAGCAGUUUUACGGACCAGCGCAAGAGCAUGCCAUUCACCUGCUUUAUCGUUUCUGCUUGUUUCACGAAAAGUAUGCAUUCCCAAGCUGCGCUUGCUUUUUGACGUUGUUUUUUAUUUCAUGCUUUCCUGCACCGGCGUGCCUUUUGCUUUUAUCUGCUUAGCAACAGCUUAUUUUCGAGUGCAACCGAUGUGUUUUCUGUUACAUAUUAUAUAUGCUUGCUUUAUGCCCUCUCAUAUCCUUUAUGUUAUAGUAUGUAUUCCCCCACCCCCACUGAGCCAAAUCGCUAUAGGAUCGUUGAAGUCUAGUUCAUGUUUACGAGUCUUGAAAGGUCUUGCGCAUUUUGAGCGCCUUGUUUUUAUAGGAUGCUAUCUAUAUUAUAUAUAUCCUACACACACACACACACACACACACACCCACGCAUGCACACACAAUAUGAACGCGCUGUUAAAAGCUUCUGCCACCGCAUUGCAAACCUGCACGAAUGCCUCCAGCAGGUGCUGCACCUCGCUACGCUGCUGCACUGCUCAGCUCGGCACUGGUUUGCGCGAAUCGCUUCCAUAAUCUGCUUAAGUGGCUUAGAGAACUGCUACUGCAUGGUGCCUGCCAAAAGGCAGAGAAAGUUGCUCGUCAAAGUUGACAGGCUCCAGCUUUUUAAGUUUUUACUUUAGAGCAAAUUUGGCAUAUUUCUAUUUCAAUGCACAAUUUUGGGCUGUUAUUUGAAGGCUGUUUCCUUCUCACAAAAACUGAUUGGUUCCUUUUACAGACUAUAUUUGUGCGAAAGCUCAUAGCUUCUUAUUUAUUAUUUUUGUUCUGUGGCAUAUAGCCUUUGUGAUCAGUAGGCAUUUUGUGUUAUGAAUUCUGUCUGCAGAUUCUUUACAUUCGCAGAAAGUUGGUGUCCCUGUGAGCACUGCGCAGAUUUGACAAGGGUAGAAGUUCGGACUUAUAUUGACCUUCUGAUAGGUUCAUUGCACAAAACCACAGAGACAAACAGGAAAGACGUCUUGAGACUUUGUCUGUGGUUUUGCACUAUACGAGCAGAUGAGCAUAUAGACAGAAUUGUCAUAAAGUCUCUGACUGUGGAACUUUGUGAAUGCAAACAAAAAUGUGGCAACUAUCAUUGCCAAGUAACUACUAAUCAACUACAGCACAAGAUUGCCUGAAUUCUUGUCGUAUAUAAGACCCAUUAAAACAAAUGUGAACACGCACAAGCUCUCACAGUGCCUUGACAGCAAGAAACCUUUCUUACCACUUCCUUUACUGAUCCGAAAUGAAUGCAUGGACUGGAGUGCUGUUAACGUGUAUAUAUAUUUUUAAUGCACAUCAAUUCUGUGCUCUUUUUCAGUUUUCAUGUGAAAACACUAGAUUUCACAUAGAUCCCAAGCUGUAAAGGCGAGCAUGUGCCUUUUCUCAACUGCCAUAUUUCUCUAGAAUGUUGACAAUCUUUGGUUAAAGCUUAACUCACUAAAAUUAUUUGCCAUACCUUUCACUUUUAACCAGAAAUGCCCAGUCCUAGAUCAAUACCAAAAAUUUCAAUGGGUACACCACUUAAAUGCAAACUCUCACCAGAGCUGACGCUUGAAUAUUGCAUAUGCGUCACAUGCUGUGCUAUGCUGUUGCUUCUACCAAAUUCCAAUUGCACUGCACGCAAUAUUCGGCUCUGGCCAAAGACGCACAAGCAAACGUUCCAGUUUAAGCUCGGCAAUGCGAAAACACUCCCGAUAGCCAAAAUCAACGCGAGCGUUCUUUAAAUGCUUUGGAACUGUUUGAGAAAUGCAAUGUGUGUCAAAAAAAAGAAAAAAGAAUGCUCACAACCUUUACCCAAAAUAGAGUCAACUCUCCUCAAAAGCCCGGUUCUGUUUGACUACGAACAGCACAGACUAUCUUUUCUGCAGCACAAAUUGACUGGGCAUCAUAAAUGUUCUGUGCAUCACAGGAAUGUUGAACAUUAUGUACAGUGCCGCAGGCAUUUUCUUGGUCACCUGCAACUGAGAGUUUAUUAAAGAACUUUUUUUCUUUAAGCCAUUCUGCAUUUCAUGUGCUUGCAUGAUCAUUCUACAAUGAUAAGGAAAGGAACCGUGAUAAUGUGUAGCCCCUGGUUGUGAAUACUGGGGGGUAUUGCAUAAAAGCUCAAGUUGACAGGCCUUUGCUAGUAGCAGCUCUGCAGCCAGUUUGAAAUGCGCUUCAUAACAAGAAUGCUCAGAUCGGGUUGAAACAUGCGUACUGCCUCAACCAGUGCCUCAAGGUAAACAGAGGAAACACAAAUGUGCAAUAUUACAUAUCUCUCUGCAAAACAGGCCUAGUUACUUACAUGGCUCCAAUCAGCACAGCAGUAAGAGAAACGAGGCAGCUGUGUGGGGUUCCACGCAUUUUUGGCAAGGAUUAUUAACAAGAGGUUUAAUCAGGCCUUGGAGGAGCUAUGAUGUUUUGGGAGCCAGCAUCUUUUCCCCCCUGCGAUCUUGUCCAAGGACUCAAAGACAAGACGACAGUUAUUGAACAGUGUUGGCAACAUCUAGUAUAGCAGAUCUGCAGGCUCCUUCAUUUUUUACCUGUGAUACAAGUGUCAAUUUUAUGGUGAGCAAUGGGGCACCCAAAUCACAACUGUUUCCCAUGCAAGGAGACAAAGAUGAGUAUUACUCAAAGCCAAGGUCACUACAUUAAACUUGCCUUGUCUUCAUUACACAUAUUUUUUAUAUAAGUAUCAAUGUGUAGAGCCUGUUGCAUUUUUAUGUGGAUCUUUGUGUCUGUAAUGUGUUUUUUUUUUUAACUUGUGGUGUUUGUGUGGUGGCAUGCCUUGCCAGGAGAUUUCUUACUUUUCCCCGAGAUCCAGCUGGCAAAAGAUAAAUGUUCAUCGGCCCGACCCGUCGUCUGUAACCCGCGAAUGCACACUACGGUUGAAUGUGACGACGGGCGAUGCAUGGCAAUUUGUAUCGUUCAAUCCUAAAGGAAGGCAAAAGGAGCAAAAAAAAUGGGGGGAAAGUGAAAAAAAAAAAAGGACCCUCGUCUAUAAAGUGCCAUAUUUCUGCCCAGACAUUUUUGUUUCUCUUGUAGUACAUGCGCUUGAUUACAGAAUCGUAGGCCCUUCGUGACAAGACAUGUGAAGUGCGAGCUGUUACCCGAGUGUCAAAGGAUUGCGUUGUGUACCUUGAUUGUUCACUGCAUGUAACCUUUGUCAUGUGGUGCAAGAUGUGUUGUCAUGCGCUGUUGGCUUUGUUGAUGGCAAUGACAAAAUGACAAAAGCCUGGGCCUUCCAAGAAAAACUUUCCAAAGUCUUGGCAUGCUGCAAGUGUCGUGUUUUUUUAUGCCUGGUGUACUCCACCAUGUGACGUCCUUGCUCUUGAGGAUCUCUUGCCCCCCCACCCCGCAUUGUAUUCAUUCGUCUGUGGGAACAUACGAGUAUAUCUCUACUUACAUUAUCAUGCAAACCAAUAAAGCUUUCCACACCUUGUUGCUCUCA